AGGCCCAACUGGCAACUGCAGCAGCGGCAUCUCCUUCCUUCCAUCGGCGGUCGGCGCCUCGGCCGCACGCCGCCGCCGCCGCCGCCGCCAGCAGGGGAGGCGAGGGGUUCUCCGCGCCGCUGGUGGCUGACACACCCUGCCGUAGGAGCUGCUCCACCUCCGCGGUCCGUUAGGCGCCACUCCACCCGCCCGUUCUCCACUCUCCAGGCUCUGCUCGAGGCUGCGCCGCCCGACAUCGACGACGCCCUCACGCACGACGCCCGAGCGGGAGCAGCCGAGCCUAGUGCCAGCGUGGCUGCGUAUUUCCGCGGCCGCCCGACGCCACGACCGGCCGGCGCCGUGACGGGCGACGCCGGCACUCCACGACGGCGGACGGCCACAGCGGCACAGGAGCCAUCCCCAAUCGGCAAAUUCCCUCACGGCGACUGGCUCUGGAAGAGGUAGAGAAGAACAUCUCAUCCUUGAUUAAUUAUUGUAAGGCCCGGAGCUGGAGCGGCACGCGGAUUCUUUGUGCUGGUUUCGCGGCGUGAUUAAUUAUUUCAGACUCAAACCGCCAGCCCAGUAGCCCACGUCCCUGCUUUGGUCCUUGGCGGUGGCCGGCGGGCCGCUGCUGGUCCGGUGAGCCUCUUGUGUUCGGCUGGAAGCCGUGCAGCUCCGCGCGUAGGCGCAGCCACAGCAUAAGCCUCUGCACUUCAGGCCUCCAGCUUAUGGAUUUGCCAGGUCCGAGAUGGAAGAAGGGCAAGGACGGCAAGGACUUUGCAGCUCUCGCAGCGGCCAAUCCCAUGUCGAGGAUAGUUGCUGAGCUCCAGGCUUCACUGAGGGACUCACAAGCCGUGGCGAUAUUAUCAGUGAAUGGCGGGGAUGCGAUUCUUGCGGUAGGACCACACCAAGCCGCACUUCUGAACCGCGCCGCCUUUGGCCAGGCUGUGGGAAAUGCAGGAGAGGAGAGGCAAUGGUUCCAGCUAGGCCCCGAGGAGGUGUUCUUCCUUUGCCAUGCCCUCAGGUGCAUCGCAGUCGAUACGGAGAACAAGAAGCAGAUGGGUGAAGGGGACCUGUGGGAUCUCUUGAACUCCAUCUCAGAGCCAUUCCCGGAGAUGUACAAGGCGUAUGAGCACCUUAGAUUCAAGAAUUGGGUUGUGAGGUCAGGAAAGCAGUACGGUGCAGAUUUUGUAGCUUACCGUCAUCAUCCGGCACUUGUACACUCGGAGUUUGCAGUAACUGUAGUUCCAGAAGGCAAAGCAUUUGGCACCAGAUGUGGCCCCUUGCAGGUGUGGUCUAAUCUACUCUCCAAACUUCGGGCUUCUGGCAGUGUGGCCAAGACAUUACUUGUUCUCACCAUCAGCACCGAGAACAAGUGUGGGUCCUCAGAUUGUUUGGAAAAGAUGAUUGUUCAUGAGAGGACUAUCACGAGAUGGAUACCGCAGAAGUGCCGCGAGCAACAAGACAAACCGUGCAGAGAAGAAGCAAGCAGGGAAGAACAAGACGAUACAAGAGAGGGUGUAGUAUUUAGCUAUUGGGGUGUAAUAUUAAGCUUUACAAUUCUUUCUAGCUUACUUGUCUACAAGCUCAAAUUUUGACUGAAGAGCUUAAUAUUUAUGUAUACUCAUGUUGGCAAACGUGAAUUUUUCUGUCUUAUUGAAUCCUAUGAUUUUACUAUGUGAUCCUCGUUGAAGUUUCUAAGA